GUCUUUUACUUCGACGACCUCUUUGACGAGGGCAAUCUCCGUGAAGACCCCGCGGCUGCCAGAGACGAAGUUCAAGCCCAUUUGGCCAUCCACAAUCACGGCCAUCCCGACAUUUCACCCGAAGACCAUCCAGUCCGUCACAUGUACCAGGUGGUAUGGAGAAAGAUACAACCCAUCUCAUCCCUCAGUGCACAAGGGCGAUACAUCCAAGGCAUGCGCUAUUACUUUGAGGGGUGUAUUGUGCAGGUGGACUCGUUCUAUUGGCACACGAGGGGUUAUGCUGAGACGACUUUUGACAUGUUCUGGCGCAGACGGACGCAUUCCGUCAGGUGUCAGCCGUGCCAGGCGUUGUUAGAACCGCUCUACAACAUCACUCUUCCUACCAAACUCUGGUCGCACCCCAUGAUUAAAGAAGCGGAAGACACCGCAACAGUUAUCACGUUCUUGCACAACGACAUCUUCUCCUAUCGCAAAGAGCAGGCCGAGCUAGAAGCCGUGCCUCACAACAUAAUUUACAUCCUGCAACGCGAACGCAAACUUACGCUCCAGGAAUCCUUCAACUUCGUAGGUGAACUUCUCAAACAAGCUGUGCAGCGAUGGUACUGGACACAACAGCAUCUACCAAGCUUUGGCAAACACGUCGAUAUCCAGGUUCAACGGUAUCUUGACGGCUUGUUGGAUCAGGUUAAGGCGAACUUGCACUGGAGUUUCGCGUCAGGGAGGUAUUUUGGGAAGGAAGGUGAGGAGGCGAGGAGGACG